AUGCGCACCAAGAGUGACUUGAAGGCGCGUUUCGAAAUUACUGACGGCGGCAAGUGCGUAUUCGUGUUGGGCAUCGAGAUGGUGGACAACGACAACGGUAGCGUGACGAUGCGCCAGCGACGCUACGUGGAAGAUGUCCUCAAGCGUUUUGGCAUGAGCGACUGCAAAGCCGUCAUCAGCCCAACAGACAUCAGUUCUCGACUCAUACCAAGCACCGCAGCAACCAAAAUCGAUGCCCCGUUUCGUGAAGCAGUAGGUGCUUUGAUGCACUUGAUGACCGCGACACGACCGGACAUUUCUUUUGCUGUGAGUCACGUUUCGCGCUUCAUGGAAAACCCCCAAGUCGAGCAUUGA